AGAACAGGACGGGAGGGACAGGAUGAUCGCUCAAAAAAAAUUAUGUUGGUAUAAGUGUGGGACGAUAUGUUGCUAUUUAAUAACUUGUAUAUUCGAUCAAAUCUAUGCAUUUUACGCCUUGUCUUUGUGGUGUUUGGAGCUUGUGUUGCAUUAAUUUUGAUUUGUCUUCCCUUCAAAAUGACAUGAGUUUUAGUAUCGGAUUUUACAGUAUUUACUUUAAAAAUGUAUGCCCUGGCUUCAGAAAGUUAUAAAGGACAUUUACUGCUAAGAAUGACAUUCUGUGUCAAAGGUAACAUUUCGUCAUCAGCAUUAGACCACGCUGAACUUCAGAACGUCAUUACUGCAGUAAUAUUGUGACUAAUCAGUUCAUUACCACAGAAGAAAGAAACGUUUAAUCUUAUCGGACUACACCAUGUUGGCACCUGUUAGGACUGUGAGCACCACCAAUGGGACAAGUCCACUGUUAACUGUUCAGCCUCGUCGAGGACUGGUUGACGAGAAGUUUCAGAUUGUCAUAACAAAUUUACUUCCAAAUCAAGAGGUAACGCUACACUCGCUACAUCAGUCUGAAGAUAAAGACUUCUGGGAGGCUUUUGGACACUAUAUCAGUGAUGAACAUGGAACAGUAACCGUGGCAAAAGAUGAAAGUUUGGGAGGCACAUAUGAAGGCACAGAGCAGAUGGGUUUGCUGUGGAGCCUGAGGCCUGUACCAGGAAGUCGAUCAGCUCUCCGGUUGCGCAAGACAAAUGUACUCACACCGUUGGUAGUUAACAUUUCAGUCUACAGUGGGCAUCUGUCUCAAGGAUUCAGUAAGACCCCAGUGCUGGCCAUGACUGUCACAGAGCGCUGGUACGCGGCACCAGGUGUACAGAGGGUGAACAUAAGAGAGAACGGAGUUCGAGGAACUUUAUUUCUUCCCCCAGGUCCUGGGCCAUACCCAGGUGUGCUGGACCUAUGGGGAGGAGGUGGCGGUUUGGUUGAAUAUCGUUCUGCCUUGCUUGCAUCUCAUGGCUUUGCAUCCAUGGCACUUGAAUACCUUUCUCCCGAUGAGCUGAGAACGGCUGAUGUUGAUGUCUCAUAUUUUGAGAAUGCAUACCAGAUACUGAAAAAUCAUCCAAAGGUACAGAAGGACAAGAUGGCGAUGCUUGGGUUGUCUUUUGGAAGUGCCAUCACAUUCAGUAUGGCUGCCUACUCCACGAUCAUAAAGCCCCAGUGUUGUGUGUGUAUCAGUGGAAGUCAUGUGGUUCCUGUUGAUAAAUCCCUCUUUGAAGUCUUUGAGGAGAUAAAAAAAAAUAUGGAUAAGGUACGUGUGAAUGAGGAUAACCAUGUAAUACAAAGAGGCAUGAUCCUGCCGAUUCCCUCAGACCCGGCUCAGAAAAUAGAUGUUGGGAGAAUAAAGUGUCCUGUUAUGUUGGUGAAUGGCGGUGAUGAUCAGAACUGGGCUUCUGUUGAAUCUGCUCAAGAUAUAGAGAUGAUGAUGGAGAAAGCAGGAAAUCGACACUUGCUGACUGUCUUGACGUAUCCAGACGCUGGUCAUCUGAUUGAACCUCCAUACACACCUCACUUCAGAGCAACUAACUUCAUCCUUCAAGAAAUGAAGGAGAAAAUUGUCAUGCUGUGGGGUGGACAAACUAAACCACAUGCAUACGCUCAAGAGGACUCAUGGGAGAAGAUUUUAGCAUUUUUUCAGGAACACCUCUACAGUUCAAGCUUAAAGGCCAAACUGUAGUUCCGCCAUGUGAGACUGUGAUAUAUGAGAGCAAGUUCAUUUCAAAAUGCCUUUAAAUGCAAUGGUUAUGUAGCCAACACUUGAUGUUACAUUACACUUUGCUAUCUGUAUUGAAAAAAGAGGAUCUUAAGUAUACUUUAUAUAAUACACUUAAAGUAGACAUAUCCCAUAAUGCAAUAAUUAUUAUAAUAAAUACAUAUUAUAGAAAAUGCAUCAUUAUUAAAUAAUAUCACUAAAGGUAUUAGUAUUGAUGUUUGCUGGGAAAGACACACUUGACGAACACAUUUCCUUCAUUUUGUACCCACAAUCCACCUCUUUAUAAGAAUGCUUUGGGGAAAAAUGUUUUAGAUUUCAUUAAUUUAUUUUGACUUGUGAUUGACAAGAAAUAAUGUCUAUUUUAUAAAGUAUCAUAAUUAUUUCUGUAUUAAACAAAACAUUAAGUGUGCAUGCCAGAUGUUCAAAUAUUUGGCUGUAUUUGCAACACUUGUUUUAUUUGUAUUAACAGUGAAUAUCUGAAUAGAUUUAAUGGAUGCACAGAGAUAUGAUUUUCAUGGUAUUUUUGGAUGUAGUUAACUAUUCUGCCAUGUCUUAUUUGAUGUUUUUACACAGAUCAGUUGUGGAUGAAUAAAUAUGCUGUAUUAAAGAUUCAAAAAUCUAAACAAAAAAAGUUACAAUUGUUUUCACUUAGAAAAGUCACUAUGUAAAAACAGCUGCUUUUGGUGGCAGUCCCAUUAUAAAAUGACGAUACUAAGAAACGGGGGGGGGGAAUAUGUUAAUUUAUACAAUUUAUUUAAUAUUUAAAAAAAAACAUGCUGGAUAAGUUGGCGGUUCAUUCCGCUGUGGUGACCCCUGAUUUUUUUGAAGGGACUAAGCCAAAAAGAAAAUUUAUAAAAAUGGUGUAAAUAUGUUUUAUUUCUUCAUUAAUCAUGUAUGAAGUAAAUAAAGUCUAUUUUUACAGAUUA